AUGACAGUGGAGCCGAGCCAGCUUCCCAAUCAUCAGAGGAAGCGAUUGUGCGAACAAGGUCCAGACAUCUCCCCUCCGCGGCCGGAUGUCACAGCACUGCGUACAGGGAUGAAGCCUGAUGAUGCACGCGCAUGCACGAUGAAUCCUGGUGCAAUAAUGGACUCAGUCGUGGACCACACACUUGAUCUCAAACACAAAGUCUGGAGAACUCGACUCGAAUGUACCGCUUACAUUGAACAUAUCAACAUGCGAGACGGCCACAAAGAAGUUCGACAACCGCAAGUUCCGACGUUGCACGGGACCCGUGGAUACGUGUUGAAGUGUACUUGCUUCACAUGGACGGGUGCGUCUGGUCACCGAGUACAACCCGUUGGAAGCGGCCUGUUGGCAUGCGAGGACGGGGUUCUCUUCCCUGCGAGACUUAGAGCAAGGUUGUCUCUCGAAGGGCUAAACAUCUGGCAAGGAGGAAAGCUUGUCAACUUUCCAGGAGAGAACACUCCUGUUUUCCUCAGCCAAGAGACGGUACUCCUGGUGUCUCCUUCGACGGCAAGAGGCGUCGAUGCCGACGGCGCGACCGUCGACCCGGCGUUGCGCCUGGAGCAAGACCGCACCUUCACGCAGACGGUUGGGAUGCAAAAGGAACCUUCACAACUCACGACAACACUUGACGCUACGAUAUCGUGUCACACCACGAAGCUGUACGGGCUGCAGACGUCUACAGCAAAGGCUCAAGGCAUCUCAGUCCGCUGGAUCACACACAAAGGUGAAGAGUAG